CUGCAGACGCCUUGGAGCCUAGGAACGGAGCCACGUCGCUGAAGUGCAGUUUCGAGAGAUUUGCCUUCUUGCCCAGGAUGGUGACGGGCCUGUCGCUAGGGUCCGAGCGGGACACGGAGCUGCAGUACACGAUCUCUGCCAUUUUUUCUCACUAGACUGUGUGCUAACUGCGCAUGCGCAUUACCCAUGCGCACAAAAAAGGCUGGAGUGAAAGAGAUGCGUGCUGUUUUGCUGGUGCUGUUGUUGUCCCUGUCAGCCUCAGCUCUUCGUCCCACCAGGAAACUGGUAGGACUAAGAGCUCCACCGCUGCCUGCUGGGACAGAGGUCGCCAAGCCGCAGUGGUUCCAGCAGAAACUGGACCACUUCUCCGAGUCCGACACUCGGACCUGGCAGCAGCGGUUCUUCUCCAACCGGACCUUCUGGGAGCCGGAGAGCGGGCCUGUCUUCCUGAUGCUGGGGGGAGAAGGUCCCGCCAACCCCGCCUGGCUGGCCACCGACACCGAUAUAAUGAGGAACGCCGCCAGAUUCGGAGCACUCGUCUUCCUCUUGGAGCACAGGUACUAUGGCGAGAGUCACCCAACACCGGACGCCUCUCUCUCCAAUUUGGCCUACCUCUCCAGUCGACAGGCCCUGCGAGAUGUUGUCUCCUUCAAGCAGCACAUCGUGGACGAGUUUUCACUCACAGAUAAGAAUGUCUGGAUCUCGUUUGGCGGUUCGUAUUCAGGGGCACUCUCUGGCUGGCUGCGGAUGUACUACCCAGACACUGUGGCUGGCGCCGUGGCAACCAGUGGACCAGUCCAGGCAACAGUGGAUUUCUACCUGUACCUUGAGGUGGUUGCUCGCUCUCUAGCUACACCUCCAAAUGGUGCAGAGUGUGUGGAAGCAAUAAAGAACGCCACAUACGAGCUGGACGCCAUGCUGUGGGAUAAGACAAUGUGGGGAGAAGUGGAGAAAAUGUUUCACGUCUCUCCUCCUCUCCAGAGUGAAGAUGACGUCGUGCUCCUUGCUGAGACUCUGGCGGGGAACUUCAUGGACGUGGUCCAGUACAACAGAGACAAUACAGCCUUUGAGGGACGGCCCAACAACAUCACCAUCACUGAUCUCUGUGAUGUCAUGGCUAAUACCAGUCUGGGGUCCCCUCUGGCCAGAUACACUGCAGUCAAUCAGCUAAUGACAGGAGGAGAACCAGUCGACGCCAAUUUCACGGCUCAGGUUGAGUUCAUGAGGCACACCUCGUGGGACUCCCCGGCUGUGUCCGGCGGGGCGAGACAGUGGGUCUACCAGACCUGCACAGAGUUUGGUUACUACCAGACCACUGACUCCGCCUACCAACCAUUUGGGGACCUCGUCACCCUCGCCUCUCAGCUCCAGACAUGUUCUGCCGUGUAUGGCCUCACCCCCGACCAAGUGUACACUGCUGUGGCAGCUACUAACAAACACUACGGAGGGCGAGAUGGUAUUCCCAGCAACGCUACCAACAUUGUCUUCCCCAAUGGCUCCAUUGAUCCGUGGCAUGCUCUGGGUGUUCUGGAGUCUCCCGCUGCAUCUCUGAAUGCUGUUUUUAUCAACGGCACCGCUCACUGUGCCAACAUGUACCCUCCCUCCCCCAUCGACCUCCCUGAUCUCGUGCUAGCCAGGAAGAUCAUCACUGCCAAUAUUCAGAUCUGGCUGGUGUAG